AUGGCUAAAGAAGCCAAAGCCAAAGGCAAUGAGGUGUUCUCCGCCGGCGACUUCCCCACCGCCAUACGCCACUUCUCCGAAGCAAUCAAUCUCCCUCCGACCAACCACGUCCUCUAUUCUAACCGAUCCGCCGCCUACGUUUCUAUCAACAAGUACUCCGAGGCCUUGACCGAUGCUAAGAAGACCGUAGAGCUCAAACCAAACUGGUCCAAGGGUUAUAGAAGACUCGAUGCGGCUCAUCUCGACUUGGCUCACUACGACGACGCCGUUUCAGCUUACAAGAAAGUCUCGAAUACGACCCUAACAACGAGGCUCUCAAAUCCGGCUUAG